ACAAGACAAACAAAUGGCCAGACUAAACCAAAGUUAAUAACCAAACCACCUACAAUGCAAGUAUGUAUACAAACAAAAUGAUCUUGAAAAUUAAUCUGCACUCCACUCUAAUUACCUUUACUAGGUCUUCGUAUAUGUUUCACUGUGAUUUAUGUUCAUUUGGUUGUACAUGUAUAUAUUAUUUUUCUUCAACUGUUGCAUCAUAAUAAUGCCAUUGAAAUACUGUCAUUUAUUUUUUAGGGAACAACUACAGCGACCAUUUCAGGUCCUUGUGUUAACUGUCAAUCCCAAUCACUGCAACUUCAUGCGACUCAGAAGGGAAACUUGUGCAGUGCUUGUUAUCAAUUCUUAAGGUACACCUCUAAGGUGACCUGUAUUGUCUAA